AUGGCUUCGUCAGACCCUCUUCCCCAGAGUUGCAUGGCCGAGCAGAAAGUGACACCUUCGACAGAUGCUUCUUCAAAGAACAACAAUGCCGACGAGACCACGUCGGAGCCUGAGCUGCCGAAACUCUCUGCCCAGGAUUUUCGCAUCUAUAACAGGAUGGCUGACGUGAUGGAAGCAUAUCACAACCAUUUCCGCUACACCUGGAAUAUGCUGUACAAGACCUGCACGUCCGGGUCUCGACCGGCCGGCAUGUCUCUCCGCGGCUUCAUUUCCCAGGGCCUGCACCUCUGCCACGCUCUGACAAUCCACCACACGAUCGAAGAACAACACGUCUUUCCGGAACUGGCAGAACGCAUGCCGGCCUUCGGGCCGCAUGAUCACCUCAUCACCCAACACGAGCAGAUCCACGUAGGGCUGGAGAAGUUGGAGCAGUAUCUGGACGCGUGUCGGAGCGGCGAGAAGGAGCUGAGAUUGCCGGAGUUGAAGGAAAUCAUGGAUUCAUUUGGGGAAGUGUUGUGGGCACACCUGGAUGACGAGGUGAGAAUGUUGGGCGCGGAGAACAUGCGCAAGUACUGGAGCAAGGAUGAGAUCCUGUCGAUGCAGUGGUGA